AGCGGCGGGCGUACAGAGAGGCGGAGAUCAGCAUGAUGGACGACCUAUCAGAGGCCGACUUUCAGAAAGAGGAGGAGCCGUCAAGCCCGGCGCCACCGCCCUCACAGCAACACACAGACCCCGCCUCCCCGACGGUCGCCGUGACGCCGGAGCCGGUCGCCAGGGGGGAACAGGCCACGCCCCGCGAGAUCGAGUACCAGGUUCAGGAUGGGCGGGGCUUCGUCAUCGGCGCACUGGUGUUCGGGAAGCUGCGAGGUUUCUCCUGGUGGCCCGGCAGGAUCGUGUCCUGGUGGAUGAGCGGCCGGAGUCGAGCGGCCGACGGCACCCGCUGGGUCAUGUGGUUUGGCGACGGCAAAUUCUCCGUGGUGUGUGUGGAGAAGCUGAUGCCUCUGAGUUCCUUCUCCUCUGCCUUCCACCAGCCCACCUACAACAAACAGUCCAUGUACAGGAAAGCCAUCUUUGAGGCUCUGCAGGUGGCGAGUGUGAGGGCGGGGCGGCCUGUUCCCUCCUGUGACGCCAGCGACGACGCGGACGGCGUGGAGAUUCAAACCAGACAGAUGAUAGAGUGGGCCAUGAAGGGUUUCCUGCCCAACGGCCCACAGUCACUGGAUCCUCCAGAAGAGGAGCAGAAUCCCUACAAAGAAGUGUAUCCAGAGAUGUGGGCGGAGCCCGAGGCCGCGUACACGCCCCCACCCGCGAAGAAACCUCGCAAGAACUCGGCGGAAAAAGCCAAAAUCAGAGAGGUGAUCGACGAGGGAACCAGAGAGCGACUUAUCCAAGAAAUCAAGAAGAAGACCAGGAAUAUAGAAGAUAUCUGUAUCUCCUGCGGGAGCCUCAACGUCUCUCUGGAACAUCCUCUCUUCAUGGGAGCCAUGUGUCAGGGCUGCAAAAACUCAUUCCUGGAGUGUGCCUACCAGUACGACGACGACGGCUACCAGUCCUACUGCACCAUCUGCUGUGGAGGCAGGGAAGUGCUCAUGUGUGGCAACAACAACUGCUGUAGGUGUUUCUGUGUGGAGUGCGUGGACCUGUUGGUCGGCGCGGGCUCGGCGGCCGCAGCGAUCAAAGAGGACCCGUGGAACUGCUACAUGUGCGGACCGCGCAACACCUACGGGUUACUGCGGCGACGCGACGACUGGCCCUGCAGACUGCAGCACUUCUUCGCCAACAACCACGAACAGGAAUUUGAGCCGUCAAAGUUGUACCCUCCUGUUGCAGCAGAGAAGAGGCAACCAAUCAGAGUCCUCUCCCUGUUUGACGGCAUCGCCACAGGUCUGCUGGUGCUGAAGGAUCUGGGCAUCCAGGUGGACAAGUACGUGGCGUCGGAGGUCUGCGAGGACUCCAUCACCGUGGGCAUGGUGCGACACCACGGACGCAUCAUGUACGUGGGAGACGUUCGCAACGUCACCCACAAACACAUUGAAGAGUGGGGACCGUUUGACCUGGUGAUCGGAGGAAGCCCCUGCAACGACCUCUCCAUAGUCAACCCUGCACGCAAAGGCCUUUACGAGGGAACGGGCCGGUUGUUUUUCGAAUUUUACCGCCUGCUGCACGAGGCGCGGCCAAAGCCCGGCGACGAGCGGCCAUUUUUCUGGCUGUUUGAGAACGUGGUCGCCAUGGGAGUCAGCGACAAGCGCGACAUCUCGCGCUUCUUAGAGUGUAACCCGGUGAUGAUCGACGCCAAGGAAGUGUCUGCUGCGCACCGCGCUCGCUACUUCUGGGGGAACCUGCCAGGCAUGUCCAGACCUUUGACACCGAUGGUGAACGACAGGCUGGAUUUACAGGAGUGUCUCGAGCAUGGACGCACUGCCAAGUUUGAGAAGUUGCGUACGAUAACGACACGAUCCAACUCUGUGAAGCAGGGGAAAGACGAGCAUUUCCCCGUCUACAUGGACAACAAGGAGGACAUCCUCUGGUGCACCGAGAUGGAAAGGGUGUUUGGGUUCCCCGUCCACUACACGGACGUGUCCAACAUGAGUCGUCUGGCCAGGCAGAGGCUGCUGGGACGUUCGUGGAGUGUCCCCGUCAUCAGGCACCUCUUCGCCCCGCUCAAGGAAUUCUUCGCCUGCUACUAGUCACACACACACACACACACACAUACACUCACACACACACAACUUUUUA